GAGAGAGGGCCCGGGUCAGCCACGCGCCCGCGUCUUCCUCCUCGCUUCCGCCACUUCCUUGGCACCCGCGGAUGCCCUGCGGCUUGUGGCCCUUGUCCCCAGGCCCCCGACACUUCUGUCAAAGGCGCCCUCUUUCCCCUCCGGCUUUCCCGGGCCCCCGGCGCCAGCCCUGCAAGGGCCCUGGGGUCGCGGCGCCAGCUCCGGGACCCCACAGCCUCUGGGAGCCCCGACCCGGCUCCUCGGCACGUGUUUAGAAGGUUGACUUCUGUCAACUGCCCUCCUGGCGGCGGCAAAGCGCCCUACGGGCUGGGACGGUGGCCGCGCGGCCCCCCGGGGGCUGAGCUCACCGCCCUGGUGCCUGUCUUAUUUCCUCCUUCCCAUAAAUAUGCAGCCGGGGUCCCCCCCCUGCUCACUGGGGUGCCCUCUGACCAUGUCCCCCCACCCCAGCGAGCCCCCCCGCGGUCCUGCGGGGGACAUGCCCGGAUCACGGCUCUUUUCAAAGAACUGACUCGAUCCGUAAGGCUCGUCAUUCACGUGGGGUCUGGCCUCUUUCUUCCAGUUAAACCUCCCUUGUGCCCCGAGCCUCGAGCCCGUGCUGGGUAAACUCCGGGCUGCGUGGGGAGCCCCCUGGUGGGAGCCCCCUCCGGGUGCCAGCCGCACCCCCUCCUAUCCAAGCAGGUGCGCUGCUCCGCGGGCGUCCCCCAGUCGCAUCUCUAGCGCUGACCUCCCGCUCGCUUGCAGCCCCGCAUGGGCCUGUGUGCUGCCCUGCGUGGGCCCAGCGGUCGGGGCGCUCACCCCGUCAGCUCCAUCUCCCCGCUGAGCUGCCCUCGCCCCUGCCAGGCGGCCACACCCCACCCCGGCCGCCCUGUCGUCCUCAGUCCUCCCCGCCGGUGCUCCCGGCGUCCUGCAGCUCUGUGCUUAGGUGCAGAAAUGAGGCGUUGCUGUACGCUCCCGGCGGGAUUUCUCUUUAAUCCUCGUGAAGAGCUUGUUAGAGCGUCUGCAACCUUGCCCGCUUUAAGAUACUCUCGUCUGAUUCCUCUCUCUCUUACACACGCACCUGCAUUUGUACACAGGUGCACACACACGCACAGGCGCAUUCACAGAUGCACACGUGCACACAGGAGCCCACACAGGUGCACACAGGCACACAGGUGCACACAGGAGCCCACACAGGUGCAGAGAUGCACACGCACACAGGUGCACACAGGAGCCCACACAGGUGCAGAGAUGCACACGCACACAGGUGCACACAGGCACACACACAGGCGCAUUCACAGGUGCACACGUGCACACAGGAGCCCACACAGGUGCACACAGGCACACAGGUGCACACAGGAGCCCACACAGGUGCAGAGAUGCACACGCACACAGGUGCACACAGGAACCCACACAGGCGUGUUCACAGGUGCACACAGCCAGAUGCACACACGCACGCACACGGCUUGCCCCCGCAGCUCCCUUCCCAGCGGAGUGCCUUCCCGUCCUGGCGCGUUUAGCUGCGUCCCCACGUUUGCGGAGCGAGCCUUGCAGGCGGCACGUGGUUUUGCUUGCGUCCAGCCGGCUGCUUCUGUGGUAAUUGAGUGUGGUACGGCCCCCGGGACGCGUACCCCCAGCAUCACCUCCGGCUCCGGGAAGGGCCCCCCGGCUCCCUGGCGCCCUCGCCCCCCCACCGCCGCUCAUUCCCGCGGACGCCCGGGCCCAGGGGCUGCGGCUCUCCAGCUCUGUCCCGGAGUGGAACCGGCUCUUCCCACAGGUCCCAGCUCCCCACGGACGCCCUCACCUCGCCCUUGCCCCCACCUUAGCUGUCCCCCCGACGGCCUGGCUCGCCUGCCACAUCCGCCCCUCUUGGGUUCUGGGCAGUUCUGGCCGUCCAUCACCGGCUCGGCCUCAGGGGCUCCUAGACCCUGGGGAGCCCAGGGGUUCCCUCCUGGCAGCCGUCUAGGGAAGGUGGGGCUUGGUCUCCACGCACAGGCCAGUCUCUGACCUGCCCUCGCCCUGGGCUCAGCCCCGUCCCUGCAGGCCCUGCUCGCAGCCCUUAUGGGCACGGCCUGUGGGGGCCCCAGCUCUGCACCUCGGAUCUGCUAGCUCCCCGACGUCCACACCAGGGGUCCCGGGAUCUCAGCAAGGGAAGGGCUGGGCAGAGGGCUCACCGUCCAAGGGAACGUCUGAGGGCCAGGCCUUCACCCCUCACCCCGGGCAUGUGGCCUGAUGAGGGGAAAGGGGGAGCCGUCCCAAGACCCCCAAUAUGCCAGGGCCGGCCACACUCCUCGGCGCGCAGCCAGGGCCACCUGUCCUCGAAGCCCUGGGUCCUGGUCCUGAGGCUUGCGGGGCCAACCUGGGGCCUCAAACCCAGACUCAGCACCAAGGUCCUGUCGGGGCCCCAUGAGCCUGGACGGGGUCUCCUUCCUCCAGGAGGGCAGCCAGGUCACCAUGGAUGCAGCAGGCCUCCCCCCCCCCCCCGCCCCAGCCCAGGGCAGCCCAGAGCAU